GAUUAUACCUAAAAAUCUAUAGGUGGAAUUUUUUGAUCAGUUUGUAAGAUACAGCCUACAAACAAAAAGGAAACUUCUCUUUACAGCUUAACUUAGAAUCAUCUCGAAAAAUGGGCAAGGAGAAGAUUCAUAUCAAUAUCGUGGUCAUUGGCCAUGUCGAUUCCGGUAAAUCGACCACCACCGGCCAUUUGAUCUACAAGUGCGGCGGCAUUGAUAAGCGUACGAUUGAGAAAUUCGAAAAGGAGGCCCAGGAAAUGGGCAAGGGUUCAUUCAAGUAUGCUUGGGUCUUGGAUAAACUAAAGGCGGAGCGGGAGCGUGGUAUUACCAUCGAUAUUGCCUUAUGGAAAUUCGAGACGGCCAAGUACUAUGUGACCAUCAUUGAUGCGCCUGGCCAUAGGGAUUUCAUUAAGAACAUGAUUACCGGCACAUCGCAGGCCGAUUGCGCAGUACUCAUUGUUGCUGCCGGUACCGGUGAAUUUGAGGCGGGCAUUUCGAAGAAUGGACAGACCCGUGAGCAUGCUCUACUCGCAUUCACCCUGGGUGUGAAGCAAUUGAUUGUGGGCGUUAAUAAGAUGGACUCGACUGAGCCACCUUAUAGCGAGGCACGCUAUGAGGAAAUCAAGAAGGAAGUCUCCUCCUAUAUCAAGAAGAUUGGCUAUAAUCCAGCCUCAGUGGCAUUUGUGCCCAUUUCUGGUUGGCAUGGCGACAACAUGUUGGAGGCAUCCGAAAAGAUGCCCUGGUUUAAGGGCUGGACCGUUGAGCGCAAGGAGGGUAAAGCGGAGGGCAAAUGCCUGAUUGAUGCGCUGGACGCAAUAUUGCCGCCACAGCGACCCACCGAUAAGCCCCUGCGUUUGCCUUUGCAGGAUGUCUACAAGAUUGGUGGCAUUGGCACGGUACCCGUAGGACGUGUGGAAACGGGCAUCCUAAAGCCAGGCAUGGUUGUCAACUUUGCCCCCGUUAAUCUGGUCACUGAGGUGAAAUCCGUUGAAAUGCAUCACGAAGCUCUAACCGAGGCCAUGCCGGGUGACAAUGUUGGCUUCAAUGUGAAGAACGUCUCGGUUAAGGAAUUGCGACGUGGUUAUGUGGCCGGUGAUUCCAAGAAUAAUCCACCACGUGGAGCAGCCGAUUUCACCGCUCAGGUGAUCGUCUUGAACCAUCCUGGUCAAAUAGCCAAUGGUUAUACACCAGUUUUGGAUUGCCAUACGGCUCACAUUGCAUGCAAGUUUGCUGAAAUUAAGGAGAAAUGCGAUCGCCGUACUGGCAAAACUACAGAAACCGAGCCCAAGGCCAUCAAGUCUGGUGAUGCGGCCAUUAUUGUAUUGGUGCCCAGCAAGCCACUGUGCGUUGAGAGCUUCCAAGAGUUUCCGCCGCUUGGACGUUUUGCUGUACGCGAUAUGCGUCAGACUGUCGCUGUGGGGGUCAUUAAAUCGGUUAACUUUAAGGAGACGACCUCGGGCAAAGUAACAAAAGCUGCUGAGAAGGCACAAAAGAAGAAAUAACUAGGGUGCCAGCAGACCUACAGCAACAACAGCAACAAUAAUAACAACAUCACUACUCAAAUCCAACAACAUCAAAAGGCUAGAGCAACAGCAAUAGUAGCAACAACAACAACAACACAUCUAACACAUAUAUUAUCAACAUCUAAUCAACAAUGUUUAGGACAAACAACAUCCUUAUCCAUGACAACAUUGUUCAAGGAUGCAUUAUCAUUUUCUUUAACUAUUAAUAUUAACUGCUGCAUGCUAAUAUUAUAUAAAAUUGAACAAAUACUACAAUUUAUAAUAAUAAUCACACAUUCAAUUCGCCAAAACCACAACCAGGCGGUGGUGGAAAGUAGGAUUCUUGAUUGUCAACAACUACAAAACAAGGACGAGCCGAAAGUUGAGGGAACUGAAUUAAUCACCGGAGCCGCCGCCGCCUUCAUAUACAUCAUCUAUUUGAAUCUGUAUCGUCAUCGGAAAUCAUUUCGCAGGAAACCUGCUAACGAAUUGGAAAUGGAAUCUGCUUUGAUGACAUAAUCAUACAUACUACAUACUGUCUUGUCUCACAUCUCCAUCUAUCAACUACUAUCAUUAUUAAUCCUAUUGUGUCGACGUCAUAAUAAUUUGUACACCGUUUUGUUCAUGCAUCAUGUGGAUAAAUGGAUUUUUAAAGAAAACAAAAUCAAUACACUUAAACACACACACAGACACAUACACAGACAAAACUUUUUAUACUUUUGAUAAAUCAAGUCAGAGGCGUUCGAUUUAAAAAAAAAUCUAUAUUUAUUUUAGUUUUAAAUUUUCCUUUACACCGCCCGUCCCGCCCCCCACUUUCAACUGCUCCUAGAACAGAAGAAAUAUCCUCUCCUCUCGCAGAAUCACGCUAAGUUAAACUAUUCCUGCUCCUGAUGUUUCGCUCCUAUAUAAACAAAUGAAAGACUACAUUCGCAAUGAAUUCAAAAAUUCUCCCAAAUAAAAGACAAAUGCUUCAGAAGUAUUAAAAAAAAAAAAAAACACAUAAUCAAGUGGUUUUUCGAUUACAUUUAAAAUGUUCGAAUCGAAGCCUCAUUUUUUUGCAUUUGCAUACAAACACACUGUCUUACACAAUUUCAAAAUAACAAACCCGAAAAGUUAAUCAAAUGUUUGUCUUUUGCCAUACAACAUUACUGCAUUAUAUAUGUUACUCUCACACACCCAAACACUCACACACACACACAACACUCUGAAUUUAUAUAGACAUAACAAAAAUUGUAACCGUCAUCAGCAGAAUAUCAUUCGAAUAAAGAAUUUGCACACAUACGAAAA